AUGCAUUUAGAACAGAAAUUAAAUUGCAAGUGGCUGCUGAUAAUUUAUCAGCUAAGGGUGAGGGUGUUGAACUUAAAGAAGAGAUGGAAGUUAAGUCCAGGGACAUUUGGAUCAAGCAUUUCAACACCAUCAAAGAGAAAGAGCAAGAAAAAAUUAGAAGCAAUAACAACUUCUCAAGCAUCAUCUUCUUCUUCUAAGGCACAUAUUCAAACAACUAUUAUCCAUGCUUCUUCUGCCAUGAAUUUCAAGUCUAUUUUAGGAGUUGCUGUUGCUUGUUUGGAAUCAACAUUCAACUCAGCCUGUUCUGAAGUAAUGUGAGCACACGACAACUGUUAAAGCAAUAGCGUGAUUUCCUCAUGUUCAUGGACUCCUUGCAUCUGGAGGAGGAACUACAGAUCGAUGUAUUCGUUUCUGGAA